UUCGCCAUAAAGGUCGCGGCCAUUUUCGGACAUCGAAGACGCGGCCAUGUCCGUGUGGUCCGUGUCCAGGUCGUUUUUAGUCGCUCAGCAGUGGAAUCUCCCUCGAACCUCCCCCCACACGAAGGCCCGCCAGGAACAAGCACCUUGUCUUUUCGCACGUGCCCAUAUACCAAGCACUGCAGAGCGUUGAACAGCUUCCAAAUCAUCCGCUAUGAGCUCAGGUCCAUCCGGUGCCCCUGCAGCGGGCCCCGGAGACGAAUUCGACAACCUCACCCGAGCGCAGCUCAUAAGUCUGAUGACCGACCUUGGUUUGUCUGGGAAGAACAAGAAGACGGCGGUGAUCCGCGAUACUUUAAGGGCCCAUGCCAUGGUAAAGGCCAACCAGCGCGAACGAGAAGAAAAACAGACCAAUAACCCAGCCGGGGUUGAUACCGAACUUCAGCCAAACGACCAACAGACAGCUGAGGAAGCCACUCCCGGGGACGCUUUCCCAGGAUAUCCCAGCCCUUCCGAAAAGCGUCCUGCUGGGCUCGACGUGGCCGUGGGACAGCGACGGAGUCGGCGGGGGCGUGCGGUCGUAAAUGAUGGCGUGGGGAUGGAAAGUAGUGAAGGGGCGGGUGGGAAGGAAGUGGAUGGGCUGGUUGAUGGGGUUAUUGCUGCGGCGCCUGAGGCGGAGGCGGUGGAUGUGACUGCCCAGAUGGAGGGUUUCGAGACAGACGCUGCUGGGCAGCUGCAGGAGCCGGUUGCGCAAAAGGUGGGGACAGAUACGGAGUCGCAUGACCACAGCAACCUGCUUUCCGACUCGUCGAACCAUAUCAAACUCCACUUUGCGAAGGACGGACAGAAAUCCAUAGCUGCGCAUGAGGAACCUGCUGCAGCCGAGGUCGAGGCGACGUCGGCGCAUGCGGACGCGUCAGUCGAGAAGAUGAUGGAGGAGAUCGGGCCGGGGGAUUAUAUGGCGAGUGAUGCACAGGAGGACGGGUCUGCCUCGUCGAGAACUAUGUCGCCGAGGAAUUCUAGGUCGGAGACCUCGGAAGAGAAGGAUUCGCAAGCGGGAUCCCAGACGGAGGGGGCGACACCGUCUGCGCAGGACGCCGCGGUGCCCAGCGUGGCGGACUUCCUGAAGAAGCAGGAUAUGGACGCGUUCCAAACGGUGUUUGAGAAGGAGGAGUUGAUGGAUUGGGCUGUUGUGAGGGCUGUGGGUGUUGAGACUUUGCGCGCGUUGGGGAUGACCGCUGGCGCUGCUAUUCGAUUUGUCUUGGCUGUUAAAGAACUGUCCGCAGACACCGCAGCACCCGAGGAAGUCAACCUCACGAUCCCCGUCACCAGCAUUCAGUCUCUGCUAGAGGAGCUGAAAUCGCUCAACGUCAGCAGCACCAACAAAACCAAAACGAACCUCCCGCAGCGCCGCGCCAAAACAGCUCCCCCGACAACAACGACACACCGCCGCACGCACACCGCCUCGACCACCACCAGUGACACCAACGCGAUCGCCCCCAUCGCCCCCGCAGCAGAACCCAUGAACCUCUCAAAACCCGACCCAUACAAACGCCUCCACUCCGCAAUCUCAGCCUUGACACCCAAACGCGGCAGCGUCGCCCCCCCAAUCACAACAACAACAACAAACGCGCCCCCGGUCCGAACAACCAACGCCUCCCGUCUCCGCGCCCAACGUCUGCUCAACAACUCCGUUCCCGACUCGGGCUUUCUGGGUAGCGGCAAGGUCGGGGAGGCGGCGGCGGGAGUGGCGGGUGUUGCGCCGGCGGGAGGAGUGACUGGGAGAGGGAGAUUGGCGCCUGCACCUGUGAAUAGGUACUUUGCGCCUGGGACGCCUGCGGCGAACGGGAAGAAGGGGAGGCAGGUUACGGUGGGAGUUACGAAGCGGGGAUAGGGUGGAGUAGAGUGUUGGUUGGGUUGUUUCUGAACGAUCAUGGUUUGUGUGGUUAUGUACGCGAAGGCGGCGAGAUGGGUUGCCGGGCGAUUAGUAAAAGAUGUUUCGACUAUUCUUGAAUACGGGAUGGAGGAUUUGUGUCAUAUGUAUUUCCUUGUGCUAUUUUCAGAAUUAUAUCCCAAUUCAUCCUCUAUCGUAGUUUCUGCAUCCUGAACA